AUGAUUACCUUAGUAAUAGCUACCCCUAUAACUACCCCUACGCCUAAGGUAGCUACUAUACCUACUAUACCUAUUACGCCUACCCUAGGACCUAGAGGUAAAAAGAGAGGUAGAGAAGAGGAAGAGGAGGAGGAGGAGGAGGAGGAGGAGGAGGGAGAAGAGGAGGGAGAAGAGGAGGGAGAAGAGGAGGAGGAAGAGGAAGAGGAGAAGGAAGAGGAGGAGGAAAGAAGACCGAAAAAAAGGGUAAAGAAUUAG